GCAAUGGGAGGAAGCUCCACAGCUUUCUACAACAUUCCCCUUGCCUCUUCUCCAAGCUUUGAUGACGAUUUACAUACACACACUCCUUUCUCUUUCUCCGUAUAAUUCGAAUCACAAGAAAAAUUAGAAGUCUGUCUGUGGUCUCUUUGUAAAUAUAAUUGCAAGAAGAAUGGCAUCAAGGAGGUUUACGAAGUCUGCUUUUGCAGCCAUGAAAUCGUCUUCUUUAAGAAGAGCACCUCUGUCACAUGCUACUCGCGCAACCUCUGCUUCUUCUUCUUCUUCUUUUCCUGAUAACCUCUUUGGUAAUUCUGCAAAUGCUCAAUUUUUUAGUAGAGCUUCAAUCAACGGCAAUGUUGUUUUCCCCACAGCCACAUUCACUCGCGCCUUUCACUCUUCUUCUCCACGUUUCUCCACUUCAGCUACCUCUUCACAGGCUAAUCCAUCGGAGUACACUGAGAUGGCAUGGGAGGGAAUUGUUGGUGCUGUUGAUGCAGCACGAGCUAGCAAGCAACAAGUGGUGGAGACCGAACAUUUAAUGAAAUCUCUUUUGGAGCAAAAAGAUGGAUUGGCUAGGAGAAUAUUCACGAAGGCCGGGGUUGACAAUACAUCAGUUUUGCAGGCUACUGAUGACUUUAUUUCCCACCAACCAAAGGUGGUGGGUGACACCAGUGGCCCUAUAAUGGGUUCAUAUCUUGGUGUUUUGUUGGACAAUGCUCGAAAGCAUAAGAAAGAAAUGGGAGAUGAUUUUGUGUCAGUUGAGCAUUUCGUUUUAUCAUUCCAUUUGGAUAAAAGAUUUGGACAACAGUUACUAAAGAGCCUCCAACUCAGUGAGAAGGAUUUGAAGGAUGCUAUCCAAGCUGUACGUGGAAGCCAAAGAGUAAUUGAUCAAAAUCCUGAAGGAAAGUACGAGGCAUUGGACAAAUAUGGGAAUGACUUAACUGAGCUUGCUAGGCGUGGCAAACUUGACCCUGUUAUAGGUCGAGAUGAUGAAAUUCGACGGUGUAUCCAGAUACUGUCUAGGAGAACCAAAAAUAACCCCGUUAUUAUUGGGGAGCCUGGUGUGGGAAAAACUGCAAUUGCUGAGGGCUUGGCCCAAAGGAUUGUGCGCGGUGAUGUGCCAGAACCAUUGCUAAACCGGAAGCUAAUCUCCCUAGACAUGGGUUCUUUGGUUGCUGGAGCCAAGUAUCGUGGUGAUUUUGAGGAAAGGUUAAAAGCUGUAUUGAAGGAAGUGACUGCUUCGAAUGGGCAAAUCAUUUUAUUCAUUGAUGAGAUCCAUACAGUUGUUGGUGCAGGAGCUACAACUGGAGCAAUGGAUGCUGGGAACUUGUUGAAACCAAUGCUUGGCCGAGGUGAGCUCCGAUGCAUAGGAGCAACUACAUUAAAUGAAUACAGAAAAUACAUUGAGAAGGAUCCAGCACUUGAGCGUAGAUUUCAACAAGUUUUUUGUGAUCAACCAUCCGUUGAAGACACAAUAUCCAUUCUUCGUGGGUUGCGUGAGCGCUAUGAGCUACAUCAUGGUGUUAAAAUAUCAGACAGUGCCCUUGUUUCUGCAGCAAUUCUUGCAGACAGAUACAUCACAGAACGUUUUUUGCCUGACAAAGCUAUUGAUCUCGUUGAUGAAGCUGCUGCAAAGCUAAAAAUGGAGAUUACUUCUAAGCCUACAGAAUUGGAUGAAAUAGACAGGGCUGUUUUAAAGCUAGAGAUGGAGAAAUUGUCUCUGAAAAAUGACACUGAUAAAGCAUCCAAAGAGAGGCUAAGCAAGCUUGAAAAUGAUCUGAACGAACUUAAACAAAAACAAAAGGAACUAAAUGAACAAUGGGAUCGUGAGAAGGCUCUCAUGACUAGGAUACGAUCAAUCAAAGAAGAGAUUGAUAGAGUCAACUUAGAGAUGGAAGCUGCAGAGCGGGACUAUAACUUGAAUCGUGCUGCUGAGCUCAAGUAUGGAACUCUAAUGUCCCUUCAGCGCCAGUUAGAAGAGGCUGAGAAAAACCUUGCUGACUUUCGGGAGUCUGGAAAAUCUAUGCUUAGAGAAGAGGUCACUGAUCUUGAUAUUGCUGAAAUUGUAAGCAAAUGGACUGGUAUACCUGUAUCAAACCUUCAACAGUCGGAGCGGGAGAAGCUAGUCUUUCUAGAAGAUGUGCUCCACAAGAGAGUGGUUGGUCAAGAUAUGGCAGUAAAAUCAGUGGCUGAUGCAAUUCGACGCUCCAGGGCAGGAUUGUCAGACCCAAAUCGACCAAUAGCUAGCUUCAUGUUCAUGGGGCCUACUGGUGUUGGCAAAACCGAGCUUGCAAAGGCUUUAGCUGGUUACCUCUUUAACACAGAAAAUGCUAUGGUAAGGAUAGAUAUGAGCGAGUAUAUGGAAAAGCAUGCUGUUUCACGCUUGGUUGGGGCCCCUCCAGGUUAUGUCGGAUAUGAAGAAGGAGGGCAGCUAACUGAAGUGGUUCGUCGAAGACCAUAUUCCGUGGUACUGUUUGAUGAAAUCGAGAAAGCACAUCAUGAUGUCUUCAAUAUUCUGUUACAAUUGUUGGAUGAUGGGAGGAUAACUGAUUCUCAAGGGAGGACUGUUAGUUUUACCAACUGCGUAGUGAUUAUGACUUCAAACAUUGGUUCCCAUCUUAUACUUGAAACUCUUCGUAGUACACAAGACAGCAAGGAAGCUGUUUAUGAUAUAAUGAAAAGGCAAGUAGUUGAGCUGGCUAGAAAAACUUUCCGACCAGAAUUCAUGAAUCGGAUUGAUGAAUAUAUUGUUUUCCAGCCUUUGGAUUCCAAAGAAAUAAGUAAAAUCGUUGAGAUACAGAUGAACCGAGUGAAAGAGAGGCUGAAGCAAAAGAAAAUCGAUCUUCAUUACACUAAAGAAGCCAUCGAUCUGUUGGCAACAUUGGGCUUUGACCCGAAUUUUGGAGCAAGGCCAGUUAAGCGGGUAAUACAGCAGUUGGUUGAGAAUGAAAUUGCAAUGGGAGUCUUGAGGGGAGACUUCAAGGAUGAGGACUCAAUUGCCAUUGAUGCUGAUGUAUCGUCGGACCUUCCUCCUCAGAACAGGUUGCGAGUCAGAAAAUUAGAGAACAGCUCUCCCAUGGAAGCCAUGGUUGCUAAUGACUAAUGUUUUCUUGGGAGUGGUACGUACAUAAUAUGUAUGUCCAAUAAAAGCUUUGCUUGGGCUUUUUGUGAAUACCAUAAUGCAGUGACAAUGAUGAGGAUGUGCUUUCUUGUAUCAAAUGUUGGGCAACUCCUAACAUGGUCGAUUAGGAUCAUUAACUAAACUUCUGUACGGAGAGUCGCAGCUUUCCAUUUGGAAGCUUUUGCAAAGUUUUUGUUAAGGCAA